UCCCAAGCUCUUGUUCUUUGACUGGCAUAGCUUCCUGUAGUCAUUGUGUGCCCAGUCUCUCCUAGUGAAUCCACAGUGACUCAGAUUUAUGAUUUCUGUAAAAUUCUGUCAUUCUCCUUUUGUCUUUCCAAGAUUAGUAAAACUUUUCCUUGGGGGAUUGCAUUUUUCUCAGUGCAGGAAACAGUUGCUUUUGGCCCGUGUUGAUGUGAGCGGCUUGCUGAGGAGCAGCAAAGCAGGGAGGAACCUUCCUUCCACUGUGUUUCAUGCUUUCUAAGCUCCUGGUAGUGGGAGACAAGUGGAAGGGAUGUGCAACAGAUGAUGUCAUGUUCCCUGAUGUAGUCCUGUGCUCUAUGCAUUAUGAUGAACAAGCGAUCAUUUCUCGGGACCUGGGUGGCCCUUUUGGUGAUAACUGCACAGCAGCAAGCUCACACCAUGAAGAGUCUAUAUCCGUUCUGGCAGAACGACACCAAAACGCCCAAAGUGGAUGAUGGAAGCUCUCCUGAGAUCAAGAUCUCCGUCCCAUUCGUCUUCUUUGGAGCCCCGUACAGGAGCGUUUAUGUCAACAACAAUGGGGUGAUCUCCUUCAAUGCACUCGUCAGCCAGUUCACACCAGAAGCCUUCCCCUUGACGGACGGCCGGGCCUUCGUCGCGCCCUUCUGGGCUGAUGUGCACAAUGGCAUCCGGGGGGAAAUCUACUACAGGGAGAGCACGGACCCCGAGCUGCUGAGGAGAGCCUCCAAGGACAUCCGCAAGCACUUCAAGGACAUGUCCUCUUUCUCUGCCACCUGGAUCUUCAUCGUCACCUGGGAGGAAGUCACUUUCUAUGGAGGAAGCAGCACGACUCCGGUAAACACUUUCCAAGCUGUCCUGAUCACAGAUGGAGCGUCCUCUUUUGCCAUAUUUAACUACCAUGAGAUCAGCUGGACCACAGGAACAGCCAGUGGAGGGGACCCCCUAACUGGUCUCGGUGGAGUGAUGGCCCAGGCUGGCUUUAAUGGUGGGAAUAUCACCAACUUCUUUAGCAUCCCCGGCUCCAGAACCCCAGACAUAGUCAAUAUUGAAGAAACAACCAACGUUAAUGUCCCUGGGCGCUGGGCUUUCAAAAUAGAUGGCAGAGAAAUAGAUCCAGCCAAUGGCUGCAGCCUGAGAGGGCAGUUUCUCCGUCAAGGGGAGAUCUUCUGGGACAACGCCAACUGCACCACCAAGUGCCGCUGCCUGGACUUCAACAAUGAGAUCUUCUGCCAGGAGAUGGCUUGCGGCCCCUUUGAAGCAUGCGAGCCGAAGACCAAGUUCUUCCAGUGCGUGCCGGUGGAGAGCAGCACCUGCGUGGUGUUCGGAGAUCCACAUUACCACACCUUCGACGGCUUCCUCUUUCACUUCCAGGGUUCCUGCUCCUACCUCCUCACCAGGCAGUGCUGGCCAGGCUCCCAGCUGCCCUACUUCAACGUGGAGGCCAAGAACGAGAACCGAGGCGGCUCCUCCGUCUCCUGGCUCAGGGAUAUUUUUGUAGAGGUCUACUCUCACAAGAUCGUCCUCCCCAAGGGCAGCUUUGGGAAAGCAAAGGUGGAUGACUUGGUGGUGUCCCUACCCAUCUCUUUGGAACUGGGUGCAAUAAAAGUCUACCAAAGCGGCUUGUCCACAGCCCUGGAGACUGACUUUGGCUUGCUGGUGACCUAUGAUGGACAACACUAUGCCUCCGUCUCCAUCCCGGGCACGUACAUCAACGCCACGUGCGGUCUGUGCGGCAAUUACAAUAAAGACCCUGAGGAUGAUGCCCUGCGCUCAGAUGGGAGGUUGGCCACAUCCGUGCCAGAGCUGGGCGAGAGCUGGCAGGUGCCACAUCCCGAACGGAAAUGCUCAUCCGGGUGCUUGGAGAACUGCAGCCUCUGCGACGCUGCCACGGAGUCGCUCUAUUUCACCUCUGAAUACUGUGGAUUCAUCAACAAGAGUGGUGGGCCGCUGUGGGAGUGCAGUGCUGUAGUGGACCCCACUGCCUUCGUCCACAGCUGUGUCUAUGACCUCUGCGGUGCUCGGGAUAACGGCACUGGCUUGUGCCAAGCCAUCCAAGCGUACGCCGCAGUGUGCCAGGGCCUGGGAAUCUCGGUGGGAGAGUGGCGCACCCAGACAGGAUGCAUGACAGCUGUGCAGUGCCCAGAGCUCAGCCACUACUCAGUGUGUGCCAGCAGCUGCCCUGCCACGUGUUCAGACCUCACGGCCCCACUGGCCUGCACCUCCCCGUGUGCCGAGGGCUGCGAGUGCAAUGAGGGCCACGUCCUCAGCACCGACCGCUGCGUCCCCAUACACAAGUGCGGCUGCGACGUGGACGGCCGGUACUACGCCAUCGGGGAGUCUUUCUGGGCAGUGGCAGACUGCACAGUGGAGUGUCAAUGCGAGGAAGGCGGAGAGGCCAAGUGCUUUAACACGACCUGUCCCGAAGGAGAGGUCUGUGCCAUUGAGAACGGCUACCGGGGCUGCUACCCGAAGCGGGAGACUCUGUGUUUGGUGGGGCAGAACCAGGUGCUGCAGACGUUUGAUGGUGUUGCCUUCCUCUACCCACUGGAGAACUCUUACACACUGCUCAAAACCUGCACGGAGAAACCUGACUUCAUCGAGGUGGACAUCAGCCAGAAGAAGCCCGGAUCUGCUCCCAAUGGGCCACGUGUCGUGCGGAUCCAAGUGGUUGGUCAAGAGGUGAAGAUUGGAGGCACCAGCCUGUCGGAGAUCAAGGUGAAUGGCUAUGACGUGGAGCUGCCUUAUUUCCACCCCUCUGGCCGCCUGGAGAUCUACCGUAGUGACAAUGGCACCGUGAUGGUGUCAGAGGGGCUCCUGGCCAUUGGCUACUAUGAUUCAGGCCUCCUGGAGAUCCGCCUCUCCACCACCUACUUCAACUGCACUGGAGGCCUGUGCGGCUUCUUCAAUGGUAAUGCCAGUGAUGAAUUCUGUCUGCCCAAGGGCAAGUGCACGGACAACCUGGAGCUCUUCCUGGAGAGCUGGACCACGUUUGAUGAGAUCUGCAAUGGGGAGUGCGGGGACCUCCUCAAGGCUUGCAACAACGACUCGGAGCUGCUGAAGUUCUACAGGAGCCGCUCCAACUGCGGCAUCAUCAACGACCCCACCAACAGCUCCUUCCUGGAGUGCCACAGUGUGGUCAACGUCUCAGCCUACUACAGGACGUGCCUCUUCCGUCUGUGCCAGAGCGGGGGCAACCUGUCGGAGCUGUGUGACUCAGUGGCACGCUAUGCCAGCGCCUGCAAGAACGCAGAGGUGGACGUUGGCCAGUGGAGGAGCCAUGGUUUUUGCCCUCUCACCUGCCCGGAGAACAGCCAUUUCGAGGAGUGCAUGAGCUGCGUGGAGACCUGUGAGACCCUGGCCACGGGCCCCGUGUGCACGGAUACCUGCGCAGAGGGCUGCCAGUGCAACGAGGGCUUUGCCCUGCGCAACAACCGCUGCAUUCCCCGUGGUGAGUGUGGCUGCAACUUCGAGGGGCGCCAGCUGGCCACCAACCAGACCUUCUGGAUGGACAUCUCCUGCCACUUCCUCUGCUACUGCAACGGCUCUGACAACAGCGUCUACUGCGAGAACGUCUCCUGCAAGGACGAUGAGUACUGCCUGGAGGAGAACGGCCUCUACUACUGCCACGUCCGCACUGACGCCUCCUGCAUCAUCUCCGGCUAUGGACACUACCUGACUUUUGAUGGCUACUCCUUUGACUUCCAGAGCAGCUGUGCGUUGGUCCUGUGCAGCACCAUUGCCUGGCCAAGGGCAGAGCGCUCAGAUACCUUCCCAGCAUUCACUGUCACAGCCAAGAAUGAGGAUCGGGACACUUCUCUGGCUCUGUGGGUGAAACAAAUCGAAGUGGAGGUCUUCAAUUACAACAUCGUCAUCCACCGUGCCUACAAGUACACUGUGCUGGUCAAUGAUGAACGUCUCUACCUGCCCCUGAAGCUGGGCCAGGGCAAAGUAAACAUCUUUGCCUUUGGUUUCCAUAUCGUGGUUGAGACUGACUUCGGGCUGAAGGUGGUGUAUGACUGGAAGACCUUCCUGUCAGUCACCAUCCCACGUGGCUUCCAGAACCUCACUUAUGGCCUCUGUGGCCGCUACAAUGGCAACCCAGAGGAUGACCUGGUGAUUGCAGGCGGUGCACAAGCCGCCAGCAUCACCGAAUUUGUCCAGAGCUGGGUGAAGAGGGAUGCAUUCUGCCGUGUGGGCUGUGGUGACCGCUGCCCUGCCUGCGGGAAGGUGGAAGGCUUCUGGAAGCCCCAGCAGCUCUGCAGCCUCAUCCCAAGCCAAAGUGGUGUCUUUGCCAAAUGCCACAGCAAGAUCAACCCCAGCUUCUUCUACAAGAACUGCCUCUUUGACACUUGUGUCGAUGGGGGAGCCAUGCAAACAGCCUGCAGCUGGCUGCAGAAUUACGCCAGCACGUGCCAAACGCAGGGCAUUGCCAUUACGGGCUGGAGGAACUUCACCUCAUGCUCCGUCAGCUGCCCCCCCAACAGCCACUACGAAAGCUGUGUGUCCCUGUGCCAGCCUCGAUGCGCUGCCAUCCGGCUGAAGAGUGACUGCAGCCACUACUGUGUGGAGGGGUGCCAGUGUGACCCUGGGUACGUCCUCAACGGCAAGAGCUGCAUCCUUCCCCACAACUGCGGCUGCUACUCCGAUGGCAAAUACUAUGAGCCCAAGCAGCUCUUCUGGAACGGGGACUGCACCCGCCGGUGCCGCUGCUUCCGACGCAACCUGAUCCAGUGCGACCCGCGGCACUGCAAGUCUGAUGAGGAGUGCGGGCUGCGCAACGGCGUGCGCGGCUGCUUCAGCACCCGCAGCUCCUUCUGCCUGGCAGCGGGCGGCGGUGUCUUCCGCACCUUCGACGGGGCCUUCCUGCGCUUCCCCGCCAACUGCGCCUUCGUCCUCUCCACCAUCUGCCAGAAGCUGCCCGACUUCUCCUUCCAGCUCAUCAUCAACUUCGACAAGUGGUCCUCGCCCAACCUCACCAUCAUCUCCCCUGUGUACUUCUACAUCAACGAGGAGCAGAUCCUCAUCAGUGACAGGAAUACGGUCAAGGUGAACGGCAGCCAAGUGAGCAUCCCUUUUGUCACGGGGCUUUCCACCAAGAUCUUCAGCCAGGAGGGCUUCCUGGUCAUCGACUCCAGCCCCGACAUCCAGAUCCGCUACAACGGCUUCAACGUCAUCAAGAUCACCAUCGGGGAGCGGCUGCAGAACAAGGUGUGCGGCCUCUGCGGCAACUUCAACGGCGACCGGACGGACGACUACGCGACGCUGCGGGGGAAGCCGGCGGUCAGCAGCGUGGUGCUGGCGCAGAGCUGGAAAACCAACGGCAUGCAGAAGAGCUGCAACGAGCUGCAGUACUCGCAGUACACCGCCGCCUGCGACAACGUCCAGAUCCAGGAGCUGCAGAGCGACAGCUACUGCCUGAAGCUGACCGACAUGAAAGGCUUCUUCCAGCCCUGCUACGGCCUCCUGGACCCACUGCCCUUUUAUGAGUCCUGCUUUCUGGAUGGCUGCUACAACCACAAGAAGGUCCAGCUGUGCGGUUCGCUGGCUGCUUACGGCGAGGCGUGUCGCACCUUCGGCAUCCUGGGCACCGAGUGGAUCGAGAAGGAGAAUUGCUCAGGAGUGGUGGAAGAUCCCUGUGUAGGAGCUGACUGCCCCAACCGCAGCUGUGAGCUGGACAACGGUGGGGAGCUGUGUGGCUGCAUCGAGCCCCCACCCUAUGGAAACACCACCCACGACAUCAUUGAUGCAGAGGUGACCUGCAAAGCUGCCCAAAUGGAGGUGUCCAUUUCGAAGUGCAAGCUGUUCCAGCUGGGCUUUGAGCGUGAAGGCGUGCGGGUCAAUGACCGCCACUGCCCUGGCAUCGAAGGGGAGGACUUCAUCUCCUUCCAGAUCAACAACACCAAAGGCAACUGUGGCAAUCUGGUGCAGUCCAACAGCACACAUAUAGUGUACAAGAACACGGUGUGGAUCGAGAGUGCAAACAACACGGGCAACAUCAUCACUCGGGACCGGACCAUCAACGUGGAGUUUUCCUGUGCCUAUGAACUGGACAUCAAGAUCUCCUUGGAUUCAGUCGUGCGGCCGAUGCUCAGUGUGAUUAACCUGACGGUGCCGACACAAGAAGGGAGCUUCACCACCAAGAUGGCCCUGUACAAGAACUCGUCCUACAAGCACCCCUACCGGCAGGGUGAGGUGGUUCUCACCACCCGGGAUGUGCUCUACGUGGGGGUCUUUGUUGUCGGGGCUGAUUCCAACCACUUGAUCCUGAUGCUGAACAAGUGCUAUGCGACCCCGUCACGGGACAGCAAUGACAAGCUGCGCUACUUCAUCAUCGAGGGAGGGUGCCAAAACAUGAAGGACAAUACCAUUGGCAUAGAGGAGAAUGGGGUGUCAUUGACGUGUCGCUUCCACGUCACCGUCUUCAAGUUCAUUGGGGAUUACGAUGAAGUUCACCUCCACUGCGCUGUCUCGCUCUGCGACUCGGAGAAGUACUCCUGCAAGAUAAACUGCCCUCAGCACACAAGGAUGGCCAGCGCGUUCGCUGAGGAGACCAAGGAGCAGAUCAUCUCGGUGGGACCUAUUAGGAGGAAGCGAUCAGACUGGUGUGAGGACAAUGGAGGCUGUGAGCAGAUCUGCACAAGCCGAGCGGAUGGACCCCUGUGUAGCUGUGUGACGGGGACGCUGCAAGGGGAUGGCAAGAGCUGCAGGGGCAACCUCCAGCUCUUCAGAGGAGCACCGUGCUCAAGCAACCCUUCUGGUGGCAGCCCAGCUCUGGCUGUGGCUGCGUGCAGCUCUGUGGGACCUGACCUCGUAGGCACGGCUCUGCCACCCAGCCAAGGACUGUUCUCACGUCAGCCUGAGUCUUUGUAGGGUAGGAAACAGCACCCCCACAGCAGCCAACUGCUGCCGACCCAUCCUGCUAUGUGGAAGCAACAGAGGGACUUGACCUGGAGAGAGUAUGGCCACGGACAUGAAGAUGAUGGCAUGUGGCAGGAGCAGCAACACCACCACCAAGGCAAAGCUUCAUGUUUGCUAGCAUCAAUGUAGGACUUAGGGGGCUUUUUUGCAGGUUUC